AUGGCUAAUUUCUUUAGCUUAGUUUACACCGAUUCCUUUGGAAAAACUGUCCCACCAUGUCCACUAGCAUUUUGGCAUGAAGAAUAUGAAGUGAAUGAUCCGGAAACAUGGUUAAAAUUACAUGUUCGUUGGGUAAAAAAUAAACCAACACAUAUGCGAAAGUUUAUCUUAAUGGAAGGAUAUUCCUUAAUUUCUUUUAUGCAACAAUACUUGUUGUACAAAUUGGAAGAAGCAUGUAUUAUACAAAAUGAAAAUGGUACAAAAGUUUCUAUCAUCUUUCAUCAAACUGAUAAAAAUAUAUAUUUGUGUAUAAUAUUGCCACAAUUAGAUACAAAAUAUGCAGAAAAAUUUAUAAAUACGAUAUCUGAUUUAUUAUCGGGUGCAAAAAGUAUAAUUUAUAUAGCAUGCCAUAAUAUGAAACGGUUUAAAGGUACAAAUCGAGAAAUUCCAAAUGUUCCAUCAUUUUUGAGAAUAUUAUAGCGUUUUCAAAUAAACGGGGUUUGAACGA